AUGGGAAGCUCUAGUACGUCCAACUCGGAAACUACGAAGAUCCUACAAUACCUUCCUCUUCAUCCCCGCUUCUCGCUCUUCUUCUCUACAUUCACGACUGUUUCUGGACUCUAUAUCUUUGAUCUUACAUUCGGGAACUUCAACGAUCUUGCCAGAAUGAUAAACUCCCUUCCGGCAUUGCGAAGACUUGUUUGCAACGGUGUGCGGUGCGUGACCCUCGGCCCUCUGCCAUUCAACAUGAAACCGCGAGCCGAUAGGGUCCAUGCUCCUGGAAAGCCAUUUGCAUCAAACCUGGGCGAGCCGUCCCUGGUAUGUACUCAGCGAUAUGCAUGGCACGCAUCUAAUACCGUUCAUCUAGGUUCACAUGGACAUACACUGCGUCCAAAGACUGGUAUCUGCAUGUGGGCCACGUCUCAGGGGAUUGACAGUAGCCAUGCCCUUCUUUCACCACACAGAGAUGGUCCUGCCUAG